AUGUUGACAUGCGUAAAAAACCACUUCCCCCAAAGCUGUCACGGCGCGCUUCCGCCUCCCAUUGGCUGCUCGCUCCAGCCGCAGCCCCAGAGAAUGAAUGAAAUUGAAAUAGCUGCUACAUUACAUGUACAAUUCCGGGCUCUGCAGUGUUGCAUUCUAUCACACUGUAUCAAAAUGGCCACAGCGGUGCAGAACCCCCUCAAAUCGCAAUCUGGAGGUGCAGUCAUCAAGAACAGUCUUGGUGAGGAGUUUUAUAAGGAGGCCAUUGAACACUGUCGCAGCUACAAUGCCCGUCUGUGUGCCGAGCGCUCCAUGCGUCUCCCCUUCCUGGACUCCCAGACCGGCGUGGCCCAGAGCAACUGUUACAUCUGGAUGGAGAAGAACCACCGUGGACCGGGCCAUGCUCCAGGUCAGUUGUACACAUAUCCUGCUCGCUGCUGGCGCAAGAAGAGACGGCUAAACAUCUUGGAGGACCCACGGCUCGUACCCAUCGAGUUCAAAAUUGACUACGAGGCUUCGCUAAAGAAGGAGGGGGGCAUCCCGGAUGGGCCUGUGCUGGAGUCGCUUCUCGCCGGGGAAACCCUGGACAAGAAGGUAGAAACCAAGGAAGAAGAGCCAAUGAGCGAGUGUCAGAAGUUGCUUGUCGGGGAUUUCCCUCACGACCUGGAGGUGGAUGAGAUGGAGGAGGACGUUCCGAAGCGCAAGAACCGUACCAAAGCACGGGCCUACGGCGUCGGGGGCAUGAGAAAGAGACAAGAGCUGCCUGCCAUUGAAGACAGAGACAAGCCUUACGUCUGUGACAUUUGUGGAAAGCGCUAUAAGAACCGCCCAGGGCUGAGUUACCAUUACACUCACACCCACCUGGCAGAUGAGGAGGGGGAGGAAGACUCAGAGCGACAUACACUACCCUUCCAACGCAAGAACAACCACAAGCCCAAGAAAGCACCGGACGGCUCAGUGAUCGCCAACGGCUACUGCGACUUCUGCCUCGGAGGUUCAAAGAAGACCGGCUGCCCUGAAGACCUUAUCUCCUGUGCAGACUGUGGACGCUCAGGCCACCCAUCCUGUCUGCAGUUCACAGUGAACAUGACGGCUGCCGUGAGGACUUAUCGCUGGCAGUGCAUCGAGUGCAAGUCCUGCAGCCUGUGUGGCACGUCUGAAAACGAUGACCAGCUGUUGUUUUGUGAUGAUUGUGACAGAGGCUACCACAUGUACUGUCUGAGCCCUCCCAUGUCUGAACCACCAGAGGGGAGCUGGAGCUGUCAUCUGUGUCUGAGACAACUGAAGGAGAAGGCCUCAGCCUACAUCACCCUCACUUAAUCUGCGAAAGCUGCGCCUCGUCCUCUCGGCCCUUCAUCCUUUCCCAAGCCACCUCUCCAAUGCCCCUCUCUGUGCCUCAGCUGCCUCCCUCCUCCUCUGAUCUCCUCGCCGCCACUUCCUCCACAGUUUGUCCCCGCGACCUUUGACACGACCGAGCACACAGCACCCACGGCUCCAUACUCAUUCUUAAACCCAUUCUCCAGCAGCAAGCCAACCUCUGUCCUUUUGUGUCAUACACGCUCCCUGUUGUGCUUGAGCGGCCUCCCCCCUCACUUCUGAGGAAUUCAUCAGCUGACUAUAAGUUUGCUAGUGAGACAAACACUCCAGCCUGCCAAGGGCACUUCAGAGGCAUACUACUCCACAGGAACCCUCUUAAGGGCCCUUGGAAGAGCCCUAAUGAUCUUCAGCUGAAAGUCAGUCAAGAAGAGAGUGAGGAUUCAUAAAAUGGAUAGGUGUUAGGCCGAGGACAGGACUUGGAAGACCCCGGGUUACCACAGAGCAGUUUGUUAGCCAACUGUGAAAUAUACAGUACACUGAACCAAGAUUUCAUAUCCUCCCUCCGUUCCUUGCAGUGUAUGUCAGAGCUGGGCUGUGGAGCGCUUCUCAGUUUCUUGUCUGCAGGGUUCGCUGACCUGUGCAGAUUCAAAGGGAGAGCAAAUUGUACAGAAUUAAGACUGAUGCUCUAUCUUCACACGUUUUAAAAAACUCCCCCUUACCGGAAAACAACUGGUCAGGAGCUCAGGCCAUCUUUGACCUCACCAUGUCCUCUCUCUCUCUUUGCAUGAGGUUUCCACAAAUACACAAUGCAUAUUGGGACCGACACAGAAGGCUUUAGAGUUCAAAGGUCGAUGAGAGGAGAGAUGGAUUUUUUCUCUCAUCAGCUAUUUCUGAUAAAACAAUGUAUUUAAAAAUGACAUUUUAGGAUUAGCAGCUCUCACAAGUUGAACCUGACCUCCAUUCACCUGUCCCCUUCUAUGAAACACCGACUGUGAAGCCAAUGCAAGACUGAAACUCUCCUGGUGCUUGGUGUUUAUUAUCUGUGUGUCAAGAAUGUAGGAUUGAUGUGUGGUCAAUGCAGAUCUUUGUCCGGCCCAUGCCAAGGCCCAAAAACGUCUUUUUUUAUGAUUCCCUUUUUUAUUUUUUAUUUUUCAUUUGCAUGUAGCCAUCUCAAUUGUUUUUAAAGAAAAUCUUUUGAUUGAAAUUGAAAAGAAAGCACACUUAAUUCGCAAUAAUGUGUUUGUGAUAAUAACUGUUGGCCAAACUGGGUGUGUUUUAAACUCUUCGUGUGCCUGUGUGUCUGUUUAUGUGAGUUUUUUUGAGCGAUACAGAAACUGUAGCCAGCUUCAUGCCAGGUGGGAUCUGCGAGAGGAUUUUUGAGCAGCGAGAAGGUUAUAUGAAUGUCAUUUUUUUUCUGUAAAGGCAGAGGUGGAACAACGGCUUUGUUCUGCAAGUCACAAGUCGUCUCAAUGUAGUCCUAAAUCAAAGUGAGCAACUGUAAAAGGAUGAGCCUGACAUCUGACAUAUGCACAAACCAAAGAGUCAAAAAGACAAGUUGUGGACUAUAUGUGCCAGACUCUUUCUUGGAAGUGACUCCAGGAAGUAAAAGCACCCAGCCAAGACGCUGUCUGGCACACGUUGCCCUUUGUAAAACCAUAACUUGUCACUUUCACCCUUUGUAACAUGACUUUGUUGAAACGACUGAGAAAUAACGUGAUUCUUAGGAGAAGUGCUGGUAGAUGGAUUCUGUACGUUUGGCUCGAGCCAUCGUACCUGGCUUAUUGUUUAGUCUAACUGUUGGCAAUAUAGCAAAAGUGCUAUAUAUAUUCCCCAAAAUAUGAAACUAGUUCUGAAUGUCAUGGAAAUAACCAUCGCAGAUUUGACUACAUUAAGGAGACUUCAUUCUCAACAAAUAUGAUGAUGCUAAAUUCUUUGGUAUGAGUUCAAUACUCCACUAAAAAUAUGUCUUUUGAGGCUCAAAAACAUUAAUAAUGACUUGUAAGAGACAGUAAACAACCCCUGUUAAUCUCCAUUAUAUUAUAUAGACUGUAAAUCAAGUUGGAUGUCAUGACAGCUCCCAUAAGUAAAGCCAAAUCAUCUUGAUCGCCCCCUGAUGGAUGCCUCCUCCAUGUUAGCAGAUGGGACAUGGACUAAACUAAAAAGUACAUGUCAAAUAAUUUUUUUCCAAAUAUGGUUUCUGCCAUUUCAGGUAGUUCUUAGUACUCCAAUGUGUUUUCAUGUGCUAAUCUUUCCAGCAAGUUUGGUUUUGAAUAUUUAAUUGAGGUGUAAAACGCCAUGAUUGACGGCUGUGACUGACUCACGAUUGGUUGAGUGCUUGUACCGGCAGGACCUCGAUGCCACGGCUCCACUCAACAAUCACCACUGCGCAGAGGUGUCAAAAGGGCAGGAUGGCGGCGCCCAUAUUCCUGAUAUUUUAGCUUGAUUUUGGAGGAAGUGGAGACACAUCAUCCAUCUUUAUUUACAGUCUAUGUUCUAUGCAGUCACAGUGUCACCAAAUUAUGGCCAAAUAUCCUGCUUCUGUUCGACCCUCAGUGACGAAACAUUUAAUAAAGAUUUUUGCGAUCUUGGUCUUUGAAGAUGAAGAUAUCAAACAUGCGAAUUAAACUCACAAGAUAUUGGUGCUGGAGAAGACAAAGUUUGAUGGCAGGAUGAAUUCGUCUGCUAGGUUGCCAGCUCAUAACAGCUGUUUUUUUUAUCAUCUUUGUGUCGUUCAAAACUCGAGGCCACCUGUUUUGUGAAAUGAAAAAUUCACAGGAAAAAAAAGUUUUUAAAUCCUGCUACCUGUCAGUCUGCUCUGCACGUUAGAAGCCAGUAUAAUAGAUCAGCACUUGAAGACCAAGCUGAAAUGUUGAGGCUGAGAUUUUUAUAAAGUGAUUGAUCUUGUCAGCCAGCCAGUCAGCCAGCCAGCCAGCCAGCAUGUAUUAUUUGAGAUUGCACUGAAAAGAAUAUUUUCUUUCUUUCAAGACAACUUUAAUGGAUGGAUUGCAAGGUAACAGAAGUCGAAGUGCUGAAUUAGUGGGAUGUUUUGUUUUGUUCGUAUGGUCUAGAGAGGACAUCCAUCAAGUGAUUUGAGAGCUUUAAGCUUGGAGACAAUAGCUGUAAAUAGGGGAUUGAAUUAAGAGCAACAACUGGCCUUUUUCAUACAGUAUUUAAUAUUCUUGUGUACAUAUCAAAGUAUGAAACAGGUCAAAUUCAGCUGGUUGUGGGUUUUUUGAAUGACCAUCUCAUUUUAAUGCUGCAUCACAUCUCUAAAAGGAAACUCCCAAGAUCGGGUGAGCUGUGAGAAUGUACCACCUGACCUGCAAUCGUGUUUGCCAUCUGACACAGGAGGACAUUAGGUGCAAAUACUGUGUUACCCCUUGAUUCAGUGUAACUCCACUGAUGCAUGAAUGACACCUGAAAUGUUUCUGAUUUCAUAUUUUGAUGUUGUCAGUAUUGAUUUUUUUAAUAACGAAAAGGAAAAAACCUUAAACUGCUGUUGGUUUCCUGUUUAUUUCCUGUUUCAGUGUUUGGUUUUGUAAUCUGUGUUUUUUCACAUUUUGCACAGCGUGGCUGCAUUUGCUCUCAACGUGUGUUAAUGCCUCUGUGUGUGUGUGUGUGUGUGUGUGUGUGUGUGUGUGUGUGUGUGUGUGUGUGUGUGUGUCUAAUCACUUAUGAAUACUGGAAGGUCAGAGAAGCAAACCAAACCAAAAUAGUGAAAUCGUUUUAUUUUGCAGAUAUUUUCUUUUCAGUGGAACCACUUGGCACUGCUAGGAGAUUGUAAUGGUUAGUGCAGGUUACAACAAAAGCAUGUGCAUGAAUGCAUAACUUUAAACCAAGCCACUUGGAUCGAGACGUAUACCUGUUUUUACAGAGGUAAAAACAGGUAUACCUGUAAUAUCAGUGUUCUAUUUGCCACCAAAACAAGUAGUGUUCAAUCAAAACAAAUGUUAUUCUCAUUCAUCAAUCCGAUCUUACAUUUGUUUUAAUGGUAACAGGUUUAACAAUGAAAUGGAUGUUGAUGAUGUCUGAAUAUAAUGGACAUGUUUGAGUGGAUGGACGAUGACAACUGAAAAGCCUUUAUAAUGGGAGCCUUCCCGCACCUGAUAGGAGAAGCAUGGUGGAGUCAAACCAAUUUUGAUUGUACUAUCUGAGGAGGCUGAGGAAGCGAUGUUGGGGUUUUGGAAAAUGUGGGUAUCAGUGUGAUUAUUCAAUGAAACUUGAGCCUUCCCUUUGUAUAAAUGGACAAACCAAUGUGGUGGUGGUGGUGAUGAGGUGGGUGGGUCAAACUAAGCCGCAGCAGGAACCUUCUGGUUUAAGUUGACGCCUACAACAACCAUCUCCUCCCACCUUAGUGCUGUUGGGGGGGCUCGGUCAGAGGGUUGAGAGUCGGCCUCUCUUGUAAAUUGUCGUUCUGUGAUCUUUGCUUGCACUUUUUUUUUUUUUUUUUUUUUUUAUUCCCCAAAAAUAAGAAACUUACUGUAAGUGUGUGUGAGUGCGAGUGUGGGUGCACUUUUUAUUUUUCAAUCUUUGCAUUUUUUCAAUGUGAUUGUCUGUUGUAAACAACACUGGAUAAAGAUGAAUUUUUAAUUUGUAUUUUUUACCUCGAGAGGAAGAUAAAAUCUUCCUGGACAUUUUUUACCCCGUCCCCAGCCCCCCUUCUCUCUCUCUCUCUCUCUCUCUCUCUCUCUCUCUCUCUCUCUCUCUCUCUCUCUUUCUUUGUCUGGUACUGGUACCUGGGAAUGCUUUGAAAUAUGGACUGUGACCGCAUUGCUGUCAUCACUGCUGUCAGUCAUUCUCUGUGAAUUCAUACAGCUUUCUCGAUUUACCCCGUUUUUUCUCUCUUCC